AUGUUAAUUAAUCCUAAACAACGGAUAAAAAAUUAUUUUCUAUCGUAUCUACCGUUUCUCAAUUGGAUCUAUCGAUAUAAUUUAACAUGGUUUUGGAGUGAUCUUAUAGCUGGCUUGACAGUCGGUGCUAUUGUUAUUCCACAAGGUAUGGCUUAUGCUGGACUUGCUAAAUUAGCACCACAAUUUGGAUUGUAUAGUUCAUUUGUUGGUGUUAUGAUUUAUUGGUUUUUUGCCACUAGCAAAGAUAUUAGUAUUGGACCUGUUGCAGUCGUGUCUGCACUGACUGGUAGUGUAGUUGAGGCUGUACGUAAAGAUCAUCCAAAUUAUGAAUCCUAUAUAGUUGCAUCAGCUUUAUGUCUUAUAUCUGGCUGUAUUGUUUUUGCUCUCGGAAUGUUUCGUCUUGGCUUUAUAGUCGAUUUCAUUCCUCUACCAGCGUUAGCAGCAUUUAUGACUGGAUCAGCAUUGAAUAUAGCUAUGGGACAAAUACCAGUUAUGAUGGGUAAUAAUAAACAUUUGAAUACACGUCAAUCAACUUAUUUAGUUUUUGGUAAUUUUUGGAAACAAAUUCAACAUUGUAAUUUAAAUGCUGCACUUGGUUUAGCAUCACUCGUUUUACUUUAUUUUAUUCGUUUUAUAUGCAUCUGUGUUGGUCGACGUUUUCCAAAACGGGAAAAAUUUUUUUUCUUUCUGAGUACACUUCGUGUUGUAUUUGUGAUUCUUCUCUUUCUUUUAAUAUCGUGGUUGAUUAAUCGUCAUGAUCCUGAACAUCCACGUACGUCUAUACUCGGUAAAAUUCCACGUGGAUUUCAAAAUAUGGGUGUACCAUAUAUCGAUAAAACAUUAUUGAGUGGAAUUGUAUCUUAUCUACCUUCGACUGUCAUUGUUCUUCUCAUUGAACAUGUUGCUAUUGCUAAAUCAUUUGGUCGUAUUAAUAAUUAUAUUAUUGAUCCGAAUCAAGAAUUAAUUGCUAUCGGUGUAACAAAUAUUUUUGGACCGUUUUUUGGUGCUUAUCCUGCAACAGGUUCGUUUUCACGAACAGCUAUUAAAUCAAAAGCAGGUGUACGAACACCAUUGGCUGGUUUGAUUAGUGGUUUACUCAUUAUUUUAGGUAUUUAUGCUUUAACAGAAAUGUUCUUUUGGAUUUCUCAAGCUUCUCUAGCUGCUGUUAUUAUUCAUGCUGUUGGAGAUCUUAUUAUUGGACCACAAACUUUAAAACGUUUUUGGCAAGUUAGUCCGAUUGAAUUUUUUAUUUUUUGGAUCGGAGUUAUUGUAACAAUAUUUUCUUCAAUUGAAAUGGGUAUUUACAUAACAGUUAUUUCUUCAGGUGCUCUUCUACUCUUUCGAAUUGCAAAAGCUCGUGGUGAUUUUGUUGGUCGUGUACAAAUUCAACAAAUCAAAUUAAAUUCCGAUGGUCAUGCUCGUAUAACAAAUCGAAAUAUUUAUGUACCACUUGAUCAUUCCGAUGGUACCAAUCCAACUAUUAUUCCGAUAUCACCUGGUAAUGGUAUAUUUAUCUAUCGAUUAAAUGAAAGUUUUUUAUAUCCAAAUGCUAAUUAUUAUAUGGAACGUUUAGUUGAACAAAUAUUUCGUGAAACAAAACCAGGAAAAAUUAAUCUAUAUGGUUCACUUGGUGAACAACCGUGGAACUUAAAAGCAAGUCGUCAUCCCAAAAAAGAUCAACGAAGUGAUGAUCAACGUCCACGUUUACAUGCUUUAAUUUUAGAUUUUACUGGUGUUGCGCAUUUGGAUAUAACUGGUCUACAAAAUCUUGUUGAUGUUCGACGACAAUUAGAUCGUUAUGCAGAUAAAAAAGUUAAUUGGCAUUUUGUUGGUUUAUCAAAUCCUUGGAUGAAACGUGCACUCGUUUCAGCUGGAUUUGGAUCAUCUGAUCAAGGUCAUACAGUUUUUUCGGUAGCAAAUGUAACUGUUAAUCUUGAUCGUGGUGAAAAUAAUGCAGAUACUAUUCUUGUUCCUAUUCUUGAUAUCAACCGACCACUCUUUUAUGCCGAUCUCGAUGAAGCGUAUGAAGCUGCUAUGGCUACUUUACCUCAACCAGAAAUAUCUGUCAUUUCAUGUGAUGAAAAGCUAUAA